UCGACGCUUAUGUUCGAUUGUAGGUUGGAAAACACAACAGUAACUGUUUUUAUUUUUAAAUGACACCAAACAUUUCAUAUUUUCAGAAAAUGGAAAUAUGCUUAGUCCUAUUUGUUAAAAGUAAUAGCAACAAUUAAUUUAAUGCAAAUGCAUUUUCACGCUUGUCAGAACUGUCCGGUGCUACAAAUGGCAUCCUUCUAGACGAUUACCUUGGAAUUCACCAGAAAUGUGACGGCGUGUUUCUACAUGUCAGGUGUCGCGUACAGCUAGGCCGACGGUAGAGAGCGCUUCUUAGGUGGAGAAAUAUUGACAACAUGCGACUUAGUGGGACUCAACUUAUGCGCUUGGAAACUUGGGCAGAACAUAAGUAAAGAGUACGAGGGAGAGUUGUCGGCCAUGCCAUCGCCAGAACAAGUGGCGCUCCUUUGCAGAUUCCGACCGGAGUACAAGAUGUGUUACCAGGGUAAAGUGGCCGGGUGUGGCCUCAAUCUGGUCUUUCUGUCCACACUGGGGACCACUCAGAGCACCGCGGACUUCCUCUGUGGGGAGGGAAACUCAGACUUGUUACGGCACAAUAGUUGCUGGGAAAAACCAGUGGUUCGCAACGCAACAAAUCAGUGCAACAAAGAUUACGCUAGCAGCGCACAAGAUUUGCUGAACAAAAACAAACACGAAAUGACGUACACAGAAACAAGAGACUGGUGCAAUAUCAUCAAUAUAUCUUCGGUCUGCAUGCACGACACUGUCUUAGAGAACUGUGGCCCUGACGCCGCAUCAUUCGUCGUCACAAUGAUGGAAAAGGCCAUGCAAAAGUUUACAGCGUUCCUCAAAUGUUAUGGUGAGGACAAUCCCGUUUCAUCGUUUGACAACACUACCGCUCGCAAUGCGUCAGAAUCGGCGGGAAUCACCAGACGAUCCCUGGACAAACUUCCGGUCAGUGGGGACACACAGCAGGGGUACGGAGGUGGUGCUGGGGGAGUGGGGUCAACCUCAGCAGCCGACAAUAUCCUGAUUAUUCUGCUAACUAUUACAUGUAAUAUUUACAUUCUUGUAUCUAGUGUAUUGAAGUUGUACUAAAUGAAAAAAUACAUUACUGGUCAAAUGUUUAAUACAUACUAGUAUAUUU